AUGUGCGAUCGUCUAUGCAUGAUAUUUUCAUUAAAAGAAUUACAAGCGUUAAUACAAUUAAAAGAGACGGGUACUAUGAUUGGCCCUAAUUAUGUUGAAUUAGGUACUAAAUUAAAACCUAUUCAAACGUAUAAUGCAUCACGAAAAAGUCCAUGUCCAAUUCUACUUUCUGAAAAGCAUAUUUAUGAUGGUAUGCCAUCAAAGUCAACUGUACUUACGAUAAUGCAAUGGGGUCUAUCACCAUCAUGGGAAGUCGACGACAAAGUAAAAUUAAAAUAUCGUAUAACACAUGCAAAAAAAGAAAAAUUAAGUAAAAUAAGAACGUUUCAGACAUUAUUAGAAAAGGGACAUCGAUGUGUUUUAGUCUGUGAAGGCUUUUAUCAAUUUAUAUCGACCGGUAACAAGCUCAAUAAACAAGCUUAUUUUAUACAUUUACAAAAUAUGUUUGAUACACGAAUCGAACGGGAAAUAAUUCGACCGUGUUAUAUAGCUGCUCUGUUUGAUACACUAAAACAACCUGACGGACGAGAACUUUAUUCAUUUACUAUAAUUACAGUCGAUACGCCAACAAACUUAUCUAAUAGAAUAUCUUCUCAAAUGCCAGCUAUAUUUAAGAGUAUUGAUCAAGCACGUGAUUGGAUUGAUUUUGUUCGUAUAGAUGCAAAUGAAGCUGUUAAACUCUUGGUAAACCAUGAAGAAUAUCUUGUCAUAGAUCUCGUAUCGAAUCAUAUCUUUAAAAAAUCAAAUAUAGGUCAUGAAUGCAUUGAGAUUAUAUCUAAACCAACAGUAGAAGAAACAUCGGCAACACAUAUCGAUGUAGAAGACGAUGUCGAUAUGAAAGUAAUUGAAAAACAUAUUGAAGAUAUUGAAAAACAACAUGAACAUCAAAUAACACGUUUUAUUAAUGAAAAUGAACGAAAUCAAUCGAAAAAAGUAUUAGAUAAGAAAACUUUGAAUAUUACAGGUGUGAAACAUGAUGAGCAUACAUUAAGAACAACUUUAGAAGCUAUAUCAAAUCGAACAAAUGUAAGUUAUUGUCUAUUACAAUCACAUCGUUCAAAUUUUACUCGUAUUUGUUCGAUAUAUUUGUUUAGCAGCGAUUUUUAG